AACAAAUACUUAGAUAUGUGAUUUUAUCCAUUUUUCCAUAAAUGUCACAAUUACCACUGUCAGUUCCAUUGCAAACCACUACAGCGCUGCUUGUGCUUGGAACUACUCACGCCCCACAUGAACCACCUGACCACCAGCGGCGAGAACAAAGAGAGUCGCAACUCUUUGUACGACUGGGCUGAACUAAUUGCAGAUCAUAGGUAACCUAUGACUCACAUUCCUGAACAUGUUUGGUUAAUUGCUUAAUUGCAUAAGUAAUGGAUAGUGUGCCGACACUGUCGAAAUGUAUAAAAGCCUGUUGAGCUCAGCAUCAGAUAUGCUCUUUGUUCUCAUUAGCAUCAAGACUAAAGGUAAGAUUACUCAAAUAUAUGUAGGAGUGUGUGUGUACAUACAGUACAUAUGUAUAAGAAGUAUAUAAGUGUUUCUAUUGUUACACAGAUGGCUCAUCUUUGCCUGUUGUUUGUACUUUGUGUGCUCAUUGCACAAACCCAAGCUAAUCCUCAUAGAAGCCAGAGCACUAAAUCAACGUACAAUCACUGCCCUAAGGGCUGGACUCAGUUGGACAAUUACUGUUACAUCUACCAAAGCCAUUAUCGGAUCUUUGCAGACGCUGAGAGCGUCUGCAACAUUAUUGGUGGGAACCUGGUCUCUAUCAACAGUGCCAAGGAAAAUGCACUCGUUCUCGAGCUGAUUCGGGAGGGUGCUGGAUCUAUUGUGGAUACCUGGAUUGGACUCACUGAUGCAAUUGAGGAAGGCGACUUCAUGUGGACCGAUGGUGAAAUCGUUAAUUUCAGAGACUUUGCUGAUCACCAGCCUGACAAUGGAAAUGGUGGAGACGAAGACUGCGUAGAGAUUGAGUCAAGAGACGAUAUGUGGCAUGAUGUUCCAUGCACAGAUGAGAAUCCAUUUGUUUGCAUCAGACCUGUGGACAAAAAAGACUAUCACUAAUCAGCCAUCUCACCAUCAUGUCUUCUAUUCUUAUGUCUUUCCCUAUCACAGUAACUUCAGAC